UUUUGUCUCCCUCCUCCCUCCUCACUCCUCUCCCUUCUCGCCCGUCGCCCGGAUAGUAGUAGCGUGUUUUGCACCUAAACUACGACGCAGGUAACGAUUCAAACCAACCACCACACAACCCUUUUUUGCCUUGCCUUGCCUUAUCUCGAGAAUCAAUUAUUGUUCCCUGAAAGGAAGAGUAAUUCGAGUUCGUGGUCGUCGUUGAUUCUUCUAUCUUCUACAAAGAAAAAAGCUUCAUUAUCUCAGCCCUUUCGUCUUGUGGUUUCUCUUCUUUUUAGCUUUUAUUUUCUGCACGACACACGAGAAGAAAGACACACGCCUCGCCAACCGCUAUCUAGUCAACACUACUAGCAACACAUCUUCGAAUCCUUUUACUCCUCACCACACACAAUCGCGAUAUGGCGGACCGGACAAGCUCGUCAGAGGCCGAGCGCUUCGAUGAUGAGAAGAACGGCGGACGCAGCCCAUCCGGCAGCUUCAUCAAGGUCAAGCCCAUGGAGGACCUGGAGGGGGGCAGCGACAUCGAGAGAGCCGAGCUGCUGCCCACCGCGACCCAGCAGCAGCAUGUGCCCGAGAAGAGCAGCGCGAGAGCAGCUGUGAUAUGGAUGGUUGUCAACACCUUGGCUACGAUUGGAAUUGUCUUCACCAACAAAGCCAUCUUCUCCGACCCCUCCCUCAAGCUGGCCCAACUCACCUUCGCCUCCUUCCACUUCUUCAUCACGUGGCUCACGCUCUUCACUCUCUCGCGCCCGCGCUUCGCCAUGUUCGUCCCUCGCCGCGUGGCAAUCAAGGAGAUCAUCCCCCUCGCCGUCGCCAUGUCCCUAAACGUCAUCCUGCCCAACCUCUCCCUCGCCUUCUCCUCCGUCACAUUCUACCAAAUCGCCCGCAUCCUUCUCACCCCCACCGUGGCCCUCAUGAACUUCGUCCUCUACCGCGCCACGCUCCCCCGCAACGCAAUCUACGCCUUAAUCCCCGCCUGCCUCGGUGUCGGGAUCACGUCGUACUACGAUUCCCUGCCCACUGCGGAUGAGAAGGUCAAGACCACCUCGAGCAUCGGCGUCUUCUUCGCUUUCAGCGGCAUCUUCGCCUCGUCUCUGUACACCGUGUGGAUCGCUUCCUACUGCAAGAAGCUGCAGAUGAACCCCAUGCAGCUGCUCUUCAACCAGGCCCCGGUCUCCUCAUUCAUGCUCCUCUACGCAAUCCCCUUCAUCGACACCUUCCCCGUCUGGACCCAGGUGCCGCUGAACCGCUGGAUGCUGAUCCUUCUGAGCGGUGGAUUCGCCUCGCUGAUCAAUAUGUCGCAAUUCUUCAUUAUUGCGCAGACUGGGCCGGUGUCGUCGACGGUUGUCGGGCAUCUGAAGACUUGCUCGAUUGUGGCGCUGGGGUGGAUGACCUCGGGGCGCGCGGUGGGGGAUAAGAGUGUGUUGGGUGUUUUGAUUGCUAUUGGUGGGAUUGUUUCUUACUCCGUCGUAAUGAUCAAGCACAAGGCAGCCGCCGCCAUGGGCUCAAGCAACAAGGCCUAAACCCCCUUCUUUUUUACCCAAAAAAACAUGCAAAUACCGCCUCCACACUCUAUUCCAAAAGGAUAUGAGCGAGGUCCAUUCAAAUCCAACCAAAUCCAUAAUUCUACCACGUUUAUAAUUCUUCCUUUAUUAUCAUCUUUUCCAUUUUAUUUUACUACAGGACCCUCUUACCCAAGUCGCUGGGGUUUGGGCAUUGUUUGUUUUUGAGAAGCGAGUCGAGUCGGGCGGGGUCAUGUGAAUGGAUUAUGAGGCGGUUGGGGGGCC